UCUUCAGUGUGCCGCGAGCCGCCAUUGCGAGCGGGUGUAGUAGCGCGUGUAGUGUCGUAUCGAUCGUCGGUCAUGGCGGGGUCUAUCUAACAUAUGGUCGCUCUGCCGUAUUCUACCGUGGCCACAGCCAACGCGAGCAUGUUGGCGUGGGUGAUAUGGACGCUCCUUCUACUCACCGCCUUCGUCCACGCCCACGCCAACCCAGGGGACAGAUUCAGUGGUGAUGUGGACGACGAUGAUGUGAUGAUUGACAAGCUGAAGGAUGUGUGGCUGAGUAACCAGCAGGCGAUGCGGCAGCUGGUCCCCUCACCCCCCCGCAGCCGCCACCAGAACGUGAACGACAAGAUCGAGUUUGCCGUCACCCCACAAGAUGAGCGGUACUACCAUCCCCCGACGCCUCCUCGCCGCGACUCGUCCCCCUCCGGCUCAGAGCUCCUACACCGCCUCACCUCUGACCUCAGCCUCCCGCCGCACCUCGAGUACCCCGGAGACCUGCUGCAGUACCCAGAUGAGGACGCGCAGUACCCAACGGAAUAUGCAGCGCAGUUCCGACCCCGUUACCGCCCCCAGGAGCUAAGGCGUCCAAGCUACCUCAGCCAGCAGGACCUUCAGUUCCCAAGGGCGCUGUACCCUGGGGCACUGCAGAAUCCAAGGCUGCUAGCGGAGGAGGAAGAGGAGCCGGAGGAGGGCGUAGAGGAGGAGGUAGAGGAUGCGAGGGAGUUUUUCAGGAAGGAGUUGGCGGGGGAUGAUGAUGACUAUAACAGCGACAGUCAGCUGAUGAUGAAGAAAGGAGAGGCAAACUAUAACCAAGAGGAGGAGAAGAGCAAGGACGUUGAUGACACAAGACCAGACGCAGCCGCUGAAACGCUUCCCACCCUGAAACUCGCCACCUCACAACCUGAAGCCGUGAACUACAUGCACCUCCGCCGAGCCUCUGCCGCCAACCACGAGCCCGGCUACUCACUCCACAAAGCACCAGGGGAAGGAGAUCAGCUCUCCGACGUGUACUUCACAGCGGUGUUGGCGGGCAGCACAGCCAUGGCGGUGUGUGCCGUGGUCGGGGCUGGCAUCUGCUGGUACAGGCUAAACAAGAGUCACAGGGCGGCUCAGGACGCGGAAUACCCGGCAUACGGUGUGACAGGACCUAACAAGGAUAUGUCGCCCUCCGGAGACCGCAAGCUCGCCCAGUCCGCCCACAUGUACCACUAUCAGCAUCAGAAGCAGCAGAUGAUCGCUCUCGAAAAAUCCUCGGGAGGGGAGCGUCAUGGGUCCACCUCUGACGUGGACUCCGAGGAAGAGGGUGAAGAGAACGAGUACACGGUAUAUGAAUGUCCCGGCCUGGCCCCGACUGGAGAGAUGGAGGUGAAGAACCCGCUCUUCCACGACGACCCAACACCGGCUACGCCCUCCAUCAGGAAGGAGACAGAGCAGGACCACGAGGAAGACAAGAGUAACAAGUGAAUGACAUGAACUGCAAGGCUCAAGUGGCUGACGAGUUUGAUUUAUCCCCGUAAAUAGGAAAAUGAAUGCUACAGUAAAUUAUGAGGCAGAGUGAACUUACAAGAAGUGUCUGGCGUACAUUGAUGUAACACAAGACGUAUUGUGAUGUGCAGCAGUCUUGUCAUUGUAUGAGCCGUGUGGGAAAAUGUCAUCAUAAUAAAACAAGCUUGUAAUUCGAUAAAAGGAACAUAAACACAACAGGAACAUGUAAGGAGAGAGUUGUACAUCCUGCUACACAUACGCACACAUACACGAAUACAUGCACCUACAUACACACACACUACCUGUGAAUGCCUGCAUAGAUUCCAGAAAAGAUCAACCCGCACAACUCUCGGCUCACGGGACACUGGAUCCUUUUUUUUGCAAGUUUAGAAAAAAUACAGCUGUGUACAAUGUCGAAAAAAAAAAAAAAUUAUCAGCAUCACUCUUCCUUUCCUAAAAACUCUUACAAGACAAGGCAGAGAAAACAAAUAUAUACAAACUAGCAGAAUACGUGUUGAUAAGAGCUUGCUAUCAGUUUCUACAAAUUAGUCACUUUUUACAUUUGCAUAGAUUCUCUAGAAAACAAGAAAAGAUCAUUGAUGCAUACAAAAAUAGUUUCUAUAAAUAUUUUUACUUUCACACCUACUGAAAUUAAUUUAGAUCAAGAAAAGGAAAGCAGAAAGAAUGUGACAGAAAAGAUGCGUUUCUAAUAAAUUCUUUAACCUUUACAUCUACAGAAAUCCCGUUAGAGAGUAACAAAAAAAUCUAUGAUAAGGAAGAGAUCAGUUAGCCAAAGCACAGUUACCGGUAAAGAUUAUUCUGUCUUGUACUUUCUGUUGGUCACUUAACGGAGCAAGUCACGUGGAGCCGCCGGCCAUUUAUCAUAUUGAUCGCAAACCAUCAGAAGAUCGAUAAAAUGGAUAAAUGGAUACGCAAGACCUUAACGAAAACGCUGCACGGAUCCUGUCAUUUACCAAUAUUGUCAAUGUUCCAAAAUGAGGAAGAAUUUUUCUCCUUAUUCUUCUUUUUCCUUCGUUUUCUUUUACAUUACUAAACUUGGCAAACCUUUCAUCGUUUAGUACAAAUGUAGGAUGAAGAUGAUGAAGAUGAAGACGAUGAUGAAUUUACCAGAGAUUUUGAUAGUGAGUCUAGAUAGAUGGUGUGACACUUUUGGGGUAGGAAAGUUACAUAUACAGCUAAGAGCCUCCUCAUCUUACGUAGAUUAAUCCCGUACAUGCUACACAAAAUCCACCAUCAUGCCAAACACGAGACAGUAUUAUUACUUGUUCACUUACCACGAGAGGGAAAGCAAAAAAAAAAAAGAUAUAUAUAUAUAUAUAUAUAUAUAUAUAUAUAUAUAUAUAUAUAUAUAUAUAUAUAUAUAUAUUAUGUAUAAUAAUAAAAGGUGAAAUAUUUAGAAGUCUAUAAACCGCUAACAGAUCUCUCUUUUCUACCCAUAACAUGUACACACAUUAAGAGAAAAAAUAAUGCUAAUAAUGAUAUCAACAGCCACUCUCGAUUUUCUGUCGUGACUCUUAUACUGAAAAAUUUCACUUCCAAUCAGCCCCAAUCUCGCAGCAGCAUUGUUGAGUCCCCAGUAACGUUCAAAAGCUCGCUGCCUCUACAAGUUCCCGCAUUUACCACUACAUACACACACGUAGCUCCGGCAGGAUUGUGUCUCCUUAGUGUAAAGAAGUUAAAAGCCAUAUCCUCAUCCCUCCUAUUUAAUCCUUUGUAACUGUACCAUCCUCAGAGCUUAACUUCUUAUUUAACCCUAGUCAUAUAGGCCUAUCUCAUUAUAGUAUACUUUUUUUUUGUUUCUCAUACAUAUACACACACAUAACUUGAUCGACUUCAUAUACGUACCAUACAUAACCGUUAUUCAUAGUUAUGCGUGUCUAUAUUAGCUAAACUGACUAUUUCGUAGAUGCUCUGUUCCCGAAGCCUUGUCUACGUAUGCCUUCAACUAAAGAAAAGGAAAAAAAUAUAUAUAUGAAAGAAAAAAAAUGGAUAUAUAGUUUGUCCCCUUGAAUUACAUAUAAGUUUAGUGAAGAAAAUAAAUUAGCUCUCCUUGUAUUUUCUUAUCGAUGCGUGAUUGUACAGCCACGAUUGAUUAGUUUAAGACAAAUGCCCUCACUCACAGAUUUCUGAAACAAGCGCACUCGCCACUGUACUAACUGCUACGCUAAAUUAUUGAUAUUUUUUUAAACACCAGAUUACUGAGUUUAUUUUUUCGUGAGUCUUCCCUCUCCUCAACAUACCCAAAUAGUGGUAGUUUGUCAGAGAAAAACUUUAUGGAGGAAAUAUAGACAUUCGGUGGUAAACAAUAACGAGGGAUGCUAAUUUCUCUCUCUCUCUCUCUCUCUCUCUCUCUCUCUCUCUCUCUCUCUCUCUCUCUCUCUCUCUCUGACGUGGUGAUUUAUUGCUUUACGGUCAUAAGUAUGUCCGAACACACACACACACACACACACACACACACACACACACACACACACAAACACACACUUUGUCACACACAACAAGAGGUAUUCAGUGAUAUGGCUACUUUUUCCUCUAGUCUAGAAGGUAAAGCACUCGCUUGAUAAGUGUCUUCAGUGAUAGCAUAUCAACUUUUACGUCUCUCUCUCUCUCUCUCUCUCUCUCUCUCUCUCUCUCUCUCUCUCUCUCUCUCUCUCUCUCUCUCUCUCUCUCUCUCGUUCUUAUAGCUAGAGCACACACAUUUGAACGUCACCACACACUGUAUGUUCUCAGCACAUCCUCCUCACGCUUGCCAAAGUUGAGUUGCUCUCCCCCAAAGCCUUCCCUGUACGCUGUCACCACCCACCUCCCGCAGGCCACCGAGGUUGAGGCAGUGACAAUAAAAUGUUAACGUGUAUUCGCUACAGUAAAGAUAGUUGUCUAAAUUAUAAUAUUCUUUAAAAUAGGAAAAAUGGGUCAAUAUCACGAGAAAUACUACGUCCCCGUACUGUAUUGUUCAUAAGUCAAAAAUAUUUAAUUACGUUCAUUGAGAUAAAUUAUUAGUGGAGUAUACUGGAGUAAAUAAUAUAAGUUUAUAUAAUCAUUACUGAGCCAUUUUACAUAGGAUCAAUGUUGUGUUACGUUUAGAUGAACUCUAUAAAAGUAUAUAUAUAUAUAUAUAUAUAUAUAUAUAUAUAUAUAUAUAUAUAUAUAUAUAUAUAUAUAUAUAUAUAUAUAUAUAUAUAUAUAUAUAUAUAUAUAUAUAUAUAUAUAUAUAUAUAUAUAUAUAUAUGCACUCACAAAAUAUUGCAUGCCUUAAUUGUUCCUUACAGUCUAUGUUCAGUAUUAUAAAGCAAAUAUAUCUAUAGAAAUAUAUACAUACAGUACUUAGUGUGGUGUGAUUUAGCAUUAAGGAGAGCCUAGUUAGCUUGCUGGAAACAAGUAUAUUUUUGCUGUAUUAGAUUGUAUACUGAAGGAAAAGCCACUGAGCUGGGAACUGACCACCCGAGACAGACUCCGCUGCCAGUCGGUCUUGGCCCUGUCUUUCUUCAGUCGUCUUAGUCACUGCAGCUGUAGUCAAUAUGAACGCUGAAUGUUGCACACUGUUUAAAAGAAAAUACGUGUUUUUCUUUUGAAUAAAUGAGUCAAUAUUUGUGCCUGUAUUAAAGGAGAAUUUUUAUAUCAAAUUACAAAGUACCUAAGAUUCGACUGUCACGUUGGUCUGCCUCUUGACGGCUCCCAGCUCUCCCUCUCGCGGCCAGAGACCCUCAGGCUGGCUCGCCGCGGUCGGUCCUGACGAAACCACCACUUUUGCCCCAAUGUACUACGUACACUACCAGCUACCAGAAGUUAGCACUCACGACCAUCCUAUCAGGGAAUACUAGUUUGGCUCGUAAGGUCGGUUAAAAUGAGUACAUUCUACGGACUAAUAAAUUUUAGAAGAAAACUUGCAGGUCUUUUUUUUCACUCACGUUGGUUUCGUUGGAGAUGAGUAUAUUAUAUUUUGACAGAAUUUGUACUUCACAGCCUGCAUUUGUACGUACUGUCGUAUCAGAAAAAAAGCGCGAGAAACUAAUAACUAGGUGUUGCUUACAUAUUCUGUAAAACUUCGUAUCUUCUCUUAAUAACACAAUCUCUCAGUAAAACAGCAAAGUAGAAAAAUUAAUGCCUACGCCGUUUUGCCUCUUUGGAUAUCCACACAACAUUUACACAUUAUACAAGUUACCUCAAAUAGCUAGUAGCAGAGGGAAACGCUGAGCAGCACAACUUGUCAUGAUAACCCGGGUCAAGACAGUCACUUCUCUUUGCCAGCAUAUGAUUAGUGAACCUUGGCUAGAUCGCCCCAGAACACCACUACCAGAAGGACGGACACGUUGACCACAGAGUCUCAAUAGGUACCACUGUAGUCCCUCAUCAGACUGUAUGGCAAAUAAACUAACUUUCUGCUCCGCCAA